AUGGAAGACAAGAUAAGCACGUUGCCGGAUGAAAUCCUGAGUCACAUUCUCUCUUUUCUUCCAACCGAAGAUGCUUUCACCACUACUCUUCUUUCUAAAAGGUGGGAGCCAAUUUGGCUCUUAGUCCCCAAUCUCGACUUGGAUGAUCAGAGAUUUAUGAAUAGAGGAAAACCUUAUUAUCUCUUCAUGAAUAUGGUGUACUGUGUUAUUUAUGCAAAAAUUAAUCGUAGCAAACUCAUCAAAACAUUUCACCUGAAAUGUCAUGAAAAUUCUAUAUUGGAAAACGUUGUUGUCAAGUGGUUAACAGACGCUGAAAAAUGUGGAAUGGAACACCUUGAAUUCCAAGGAUCUGAUAGGCUGAAUUUUUACAGUUUUAUAUUUGCUUUUAGUAAUCUCGUUGUUCUCAAGUUGAAAGCAACACGUGUGAAUUAUUUUUUGCCGGUUGAGUUACCUAAACUUAAAACCUUACAUCUGAAUGAUGUUUUUAUUUCCGAACACUGGUAUCUUCGUGAACUUGUUAAUUCUUGUCCAAUUCUGGAAGAUUUUGAAGCUAAAGAUAUAUCUGCGAGGUACUGGUUAGAGGAGUAUGAUGGAAAGUUUAAAAGGUUAACCAAUUUGGUUAGGGCAGAUAUAUCUAACUUGAAUAGCUGUGAUGUUCCUCUUGAUGCCUUUUCUAAUGUCGAAUUUCUCCGGAUGGAAAAGAUGUAUGGCCAUGUUCCUGUGUUUCCUAAUCUAACUCAUGUGGAGCUUGUCUUCCAAAGAAAUGUUGAUUGGUGUUGGGUAUUUGGGGUGCUGGAGAAAUUCCCCAAACUUCAAACUCUUGUCCUUGAAAUGCCUCAACUUUUAACAUCAGUUAAAUAUUUCAUCUCAAUCUUGAGUAUUUCUCCCCAAGGUCUCUUUUCACAGCUCAAAGAGUGCAACAUUAUAAAUUAUAGAGGACAUAAAUAUGAGCUAAUGUUUGCACAAUACAUCAUUCUGAAUUCGGCAAACCUACGGAGAAUGACAAUAUGCAGUCCCUCUUCCAUGGAUCCCGAAGAGAAGCUUGCAUUGCAAAUGGAAUUGCUUUCCUUCCCAAAGAGCUCUGCCUUGUGCCAGAUCUAUUUUAAAUGA